UUGGUUAAGUCAAUGUCAAUUGAGUCAGGUCAAGUUGAAUGUUGAAAUUCUGAAGUCUCAAAGAAGUCUUAGAAUUUUUAGUCACUUGUCCAGUCUUAUCUUAUCAGCCCUUAUCAUCUUACCUACAGUAAGAGAAUAAGAGCAUGGGCCACCUUUGAUUCACUGCCAACCUUGGAACGUUUGAAGAAUGGAGACUUGUGAUUAUCCAUGUCCCUCUUCUCCAAGAACACUCGACAUUUCAGACCAUUACAAGAUAAAGAAGCAUAUACCUUACAAGAUGCGCCAAAGGAUUACCUACUUCCAUAAGAACGAGAACGGGGUAGAGCCUCGUGCUCUGAAGCUGACCCCUCGUUCUAUUUCCGGCCCGGAUAUCAUCGCUGAGCGAGAAGACCGGAUCACACUAGCUCUUGAGGAGCUUCCCAUAGAGCUUCAGCAUGUGCUGAGAGAAUCCCAAGAGUUGUACAUACGAUGGCAAAAGCCUACCGCCUUCACAACAAUAGGCCCUUGGCACUCGAAGAUACCUCCAGGUUUGCAUGUAUUCUACACUCCUGGAAAUAGCGAGAAGCCCGAUGGCGGGCGACUAUGUCGCUUCUUCCGCACCGCCUUCGGGCCGCUAGAUUGCUCGUCGACAUCUGGGUCUUUUACCAAGCUACCUAAUGAUCGAUUCUCCCAUACAACCGCCUAUCAGUUCUACCACAUCCUAAACGACCUAUCACAUUUAUCCUCCUACAUAGAACAAUAUGUCUGUGUCUCCGGAAACUCGGAAUGCAAGGCGCGAGCCCAACGACUCCGGGAUGCGAACUCGAUAGACUUCUCGUAUGAUGCGAUUUCUCACGUGGUGAAAGUCAGCGCUCUAUGGCCGCACGAACGACAACCGCUAUUUAUCGACUCCCAACCAGAGCAUAGAGCAGAAGUCGGCAUAAUGACACCGGACUACCCUCCGCACUUAGAGCCACAUGAACUCGGUGUCACGGGAUUACUCACAGUGUUGGGCGACGAGUCGAGGCCUGCUCCGACUCUAUUCUCUUUCCCAUCCCGCCAUAAACAUGCGGUCCGCUCGAGUUUCUCGUCUAGUUUUCUCCGCCCGUGGGGCUUGCAUCCGACAUUACAGCUCAAGAUCAGUUCAAGCAAGCCCCCACUAGAAGAAUCGUCCUGUUCGCUACACACUUAUCUCACCCUACCCCGAACCAUAUUCGCAGAUAAGUAUCAGCUCGGAGAUGAGCUAUUAUUGUCAUCGAAGAAUUUGACGUCAUUACGCUACAUCAGCCAACCCGUGGACCUUGAGGCGCCGAGCUACGCCAUGAACAUCUGGGGCUCUAGUGCCCUUCUGGAAUUGAAGGCCCCCGAGGCGAAGGAGAACAAGGAAUGGACGGCCGAGAUACCGCUUCACCUUCGGUAUUUAGCACCUUCGGAACAAGGAUACAGAAAUAUUAGCGUUCCUUGGCCGGUGGUAUUCUGGGCAUGCACUGCGGAAGAUGGUACCAAGUUCCCCAACAGCCCAUUUGACAGAGUCAAUUUGGGAUACGACGGGCUAUUUGGGCCUCGUACAUUAUUCUUCCACGUCGAUGCGAAGCCGAGCGAAGGCGAGAAUCUCUACCAUGAUAUCCAGGUGCCAGUCCUUGACUUGGGGCUAUCAAAUCGGAUCAGCUCCGGAACGGCGACCAUUGUCAUGAUGGGGUUCGUUUUUGUAAUUUGGAAGCUCGUAUCGGUCUGCCUCGGCAUUCCCAAAAACAAUGUCGUUGCAAGUCCCAAACGAGGAAGGAAGAGGAAAUCAUUGUGAUUGUAUAUAUAGAGAGGCGUUGGCAACACCGGUCUUUAGCUGGGUAUUUAUAGGAGUUGGUUGUGGAAUUUGGUCAAAUUGGGUCAUGAUCAUGGGCGUUGGGGGUCAUGUGAUCGCAUGUUUCCGCGUCACUUGUACAUACAUAGAGGUACUAUGUGGAUGAUGUGGAUGGGUCCAGGCUGGGGGACAUUUAUGAACCGACAUACGUACUACAUGAACAAAGAUCUGUUUUAAGUCCCA